GGCCCGUUUGCAAGAUGAACUGUCAAACUACGUCAAGGUCCUGCCAAAAACUCGGCUUGUUCGGCUAAAGGAGCGCAGAGGCUUGAUGAUGGCUCGUAUGGAAGGAGUGUGGAGGUCCACCGCUGAAGUGACAGUCUUCCUGGAUAGCCAUAUUGAGGCAACUAAAGGCUGGCUGGAGCCAAUACUUGCGCGGAUCAAAGAGGACAAGCGCCAUGUGGUCGUUCCCAGCAUCGACACCAUCGGGGCCGAUGACUUGGAGUACCGACUUGGGGGUGGGCUUGGAGUACUAGGCUUUUCAUGGACGCUGGGGCAG